AAAGAGCCGUCACAGCCGUCGCCUGUUUAUGCCAACUAGCAACAUAUGUGUUUUAGAGCCCCCAGAAUUGCUUCUUCUUUAUUUCAUUAAACAAAUACUGUGGUUGUUUUAACACUAACUAUAGAUGUUACCUGUACAUUCAAAAGAUAGGGAAUACAAAAGUGGAAGGAGAAAUCGGCUAAAAGAAAAGGCCCAGUCAUGGUUUCGGGAGAACCAACUCACGUUAAUAUUAGCUGACAAAACUUCAAGAAAUUUAUUUUGUUUUCUUAUGCUCAAUUUGUCAUUUGCAUUUGUGGAAUUAUUUUAUGGAGUCUGGACUAAUAGUUUGGGUCUUAUAUCUGACUCUUUCCACAUGUUUUUUGACUGCACUGCAUUACUAGCUGGUUUAGCUGCAUCUGUGAUAACUAAAUGGAGAGCAAAUGACAGAUAUCCUUAUGGGUAUGUCAGAGCUGAAGUUUUGGCUGGCUUUGUAAAUGGCCUUUUUCUCCUUUUCAUUGCAUUUUUUAUUUUCUCAGAAGCUGUAGAACGAGCUAUAGAGCCUCCUGAAGUAAAACAUGAAAGACUUUUUGUUGUUUCAGUAUUAGGAUUUUUAGUAAAUCUUGUAGGAAUAUUUGCUUUCCAACAUGGCCAUGGACAUUCUCAUGGAGGAGAUGACCAUAGCCACAGCCAUGGCUCUGCUCAUAAUCAUGAGCAUGGUUCACAUGGACAUGGACAUUCUCAUGGCUAUAGUAAGGAUUCCAAAAAUGAGGAUCAACCAAAUCCUGGAAACAGUCAAAUAAUGCAUGGUGUUUUCCUACACAUAUUGGCUGAUACUUUAGGAAGUGUUGGUGUAAUUGUUUCAGCUAUUUUAAUGAGUCAGUUUGGUUGGAUGAUAGCUGAUCCAAUAUGUUCAAUGUUUAUUGCUACACUUAUAGGUUUCAGUGUUCUUCCAUUACUUAAAGAUUCCACAAGUGUUCUGAUGCAAAGGACUCCUAGAGCUCUUGAUAAUGUUCUUCCAAGUUGUUAUCAAAGGGUUAUGCAGUUAGAUGGAGUAUACAGUGUCCAAGAACCCCGUUUUUGGACAUUGUGUAGCAACGUCUAUAUAGGAUCAAUUAAACUAGAAGUAGCACCCACGGCUGAUCCGAAGUACCUUUUGAGUCAUACUCACAACAUUUUUACUCAAGUUGGUGUGAAACAGUUAUAUGUUCAGAUUGAUUAUGCAUUAGUAUGAGGAUAACCUGAUGCUCUCUUAGUCUCUUUACUUAAUAUCCUAUUUUACACCUGUUCGGCCAUUACAAAGAUCACAGAAAGUGUCGUCCAUUUGUGUACUCUCAGCUGGACUGGAAUUGAGUGUGAUCUCUGCAUCUUGACUAAGAAGUCAUGUUUUAGACUUGUGAUGAGUGAUUCAGUUUUGGUGUGCAAAGCACCAUUGUUUGGCUAGUCUGAAAAAUCUCUCACUCAUGACUGAAUUUUUUUACUUAUCACAAUAAAUUACUAUCUUCCUACUUUUCUAUUAUUUCUGUGUUAAAUAAAUACAGAUUUUCUUUUUAAAAAAAAUUCUCAGUUUAUAUUGUGUGUUUCUUAAAAGGAUAUUUAAAUUAUUUAUUUAAUUAUUGAAAUUGUGCAUCACAUUUCACUUUUAUUUUGAUUCACUUUUUAUAUUUGUUUUACUGUUCUGUUGUUUUAAGUUAAAUAUUUGGCAUUUACUUAUUGUUUGUAAUAUUAGUAUUAAUUUGGUAUUUUUUGGUGAUUUUUUUAAAAAUUACUUUUAAAUCAGCUUUAAGUUUAGCUCCAUUUAUUUUAAAAUUUUUAUACAAUUCAGUUAUAUGAACCAAAAAUUUAUGAAAGUUAAAUUCUUGUGCAGAUGUAAAUAGUUUGAGGAAUUGCUGAAAGGCAAUUAAUACAUUUCCAUGUAUAGUUUAUAAUGUUUGGUCAAAAGUUUGUGUUUGUUUUGUUUUAUUUUGGAAUUUGACUGUUGUUAUGAAAAUUUAUUUAUCAAAGAGUGCUUAGUUCCUUACGUUUCAUUUAAAAUACUUAAUGAAAUUUUUAGUCCGGAAUUACGUCUGUGUUUUUGGUAUUAUAAUGAUUCAGAAAUCUGCUUUCAUUAUAAAAUUUCAUUACUUAAAAUAGUUGCAUGUUUUUAAUUUUUAUUGAUUUAUAAAACUUUGAUCCAAAACUAAAGCUGUAUGACAAAUAUAUUGUUAUGAAUAGAUGGUAUUAAAAUAAUGGUAAAUUUAAAAAGUGUUUUCCAAAAAUAAGUUGCAGCAGACUCCUAACCAUUCAUUCCUGUUAGGGUUGAAAAGCAGACUGGAUUGGGUUGGACUGUAUUUCUAUAAGUACUGACUUUCUAUUCCUUCUAUAUCACUUAAAAAAUCCUUUUAAAACCAACUCCCAUUCUUAAUUAUAUUUUCUUAUCUUUAAUUCAAGCCAGUACCUUCUUAUUGCAUUUUAAAAGAAAAUGUACACUAUAAUUAUAAAGUGCAUUUCAAAAUGAGCAGCAAAAAGACACUAAAAAAAAAAAAGCUUUAGUAGUGAACAAUUAAGAUAUUUAAAAAUGCAUUAGGAAUACAUGCAUGCAGUUAAUCUAAAAACACAUUGAAGAAUUUAGAAGUUGUAAACACUUAAUUCUUGAAACAUGAAAAUUCAUAUUUAAAAUCGAAUUCCUUAAAGAUUUUAUUGAAUAUUUUAUAAAAUUUAUAUAAUGUAAAUUAUUUACAUAUUAAAUUUGAUAAGAUUCAACUAUUUAUUUCAGAACUUUCUUAAUAUUCUGUCUAGAAAUGUAAGAUAUAUGUAGCUUAGUAUACCAUUGCUGUUGGUUUGGUAACUUUAAAAAAAAUAAUAAAUACGUUAACACAAAAAGCAGACUAGAUUUUUCAAAUAUUAUUUAAAUUUAUUAUACUUUUAUUUGAUAAAUAUAAUCAGACUAAUGUAAAAUGUUAGGUUUAACUUGAGAGAAUCAAAACUGACUGUCUGUGGAACAUACCUUUUGGAAGGUACCUUUUUGUUUCUCAGGAGAAUAUAAAUUAUUUACUGUUUAAUUAUUCUCAGUAUUUUUUUAAAAAAAUUAGUUUGGAUUAUUGUGAGCUGGAUGGUUAAGAGUCUGCUGUUUUAAAAUUUUUUUCAUCUUUUUAAAUUUUGAUUUUUAUAUUAAUAAUUACACAAAACCAGUGAAUAAAAAAUUUCUUACAUGAAAAUUUUUGUAAAAUGCUUAAUAUAUAUAUAUAUAUUUUAUUGAUACAUGAAAAGUUUUUGCUGACAAUUCUGUUAUUUUUUGCAGUUUUAAGAUAGUGUUUUUCUGUAAAUAAUGUAAUAUUUUCUUAAAUUAUAUGGUUUUUAUCAUUUGUUAAGUAGAUUUUUAGUUAUCAUCGUUUUACAAAUUAUACAUAUUUUUUAAGAUCAUUCUCCCUUGCUUAUGGUGGGUCCAAGCUUUCUUUGUUUUUUGUUUUUCAAUCAAUUUGUUUUUGGUUUUUGGAAUCAUGCUGAUCUGGGAAGGGUUAACUAUUCAUAUCUACACCAUUGUGUUUUUAUCAGUAUUUAUUAAAUUUUAUACCAUGAAAUAAUACUGAUAUUUGUUAUCGGAAGUUGUAUGAAAUACUUUGUAUGCUUGAAUGAAGUAAACAUUUUUUAAAGAAAUUCAUAUAAAAAACAUGUAAAAUAUAA